CGGGACACGCCCCCAGCGGCCGGCUCUGGCCUGGCUCCACCCCUUCCGGCCUGCUUUUCGUCGCUAGCACCGCCUCCCAGACUGCGCGGCCCCGACUACACACUUCCCUUAGGCAGCCGGUCCGCUUCCGGCCUCAGGGCGCGCACGCGCACGCGCACUUGCUCGGGAGUGUUGACAGCUGCGGCCGAGGAGAAGGAGCGGGUGUCGCGAGAGUGGGCAGCGCGCCGCCUAGUGAGGGCUGUCAUUAUGUCGAACCUGGAAAGCGAGGCCGAGCGAGAGCCCCUCCUGGGCCCGGGAUCACCCGGAAGCAGAGAAUGGGGCAUGAUAGAAACCCAAGAGCACUACAAGAGUCGAUGGAAAUCUGUGAGAGUUCUUUACCUCACCAUGUUCCUCAGCAGCGUGGGUUUUUCUAUCGUGAUAAUGUCUAUCUGGCCAUAUCUUCAAAAGAUUGAUCAGACAGCUGAUGCAAGUUUUUUGGGCUGGGUUAUUGCUUCGUAUAGUCUUGGCCAAAUGGUAGCUUCACCUCUAUUUGGCUUAUGGUCUAAUUAUAGGCCGAGAAAAGAACCUCUUAUCGUCUCCAUCUGUAUUUCGGUGGCAGCCAACUGCCUAUACGCGUAUGUCCACGUGCCAGCUGCUCAUAAUAAAUACUACAUGUUGAUUGCUCGUGGAUUGGUGGGAUUUGGAGCAGGAAGUGUUGCUGUUGUCCGAUCAUACAUUGCUGGUGCUACUUCCCUUCAGGAAAGAACAAAUGCCAUGGCAAAUGUGAGCAUGUGCCAAGCCCUGGGCUUUAUUCUUGGUCCAGUUUUUCAGACUUGCUUUGCACUCAUUGGAGAAAAGGGUGUGACAUGGGACUUCAUCAAGCUGCAGAUCAACAUGUACACAACACCAGUUUUACUUGCAGCCUUCCUGGGAAUUCUGAACAUUUUUCUGAUUCUUUUUAUAUUAAGAGAGCAUCGUGUGGAUGACCUGGGACGCCAGUGUAAGAGUGUGAAUUUUCAAGAAGAAAAUACAGAUGAGCUUCAGACGUCUGAAGGAAGUAUUGAUCAAGUUGCUGUUGUGGCUACCAAUAUUGUGUUUUUUGUGGUUUUGUUUAUCUUUGCUAUUUACGAAACAGUCCUCACUCCAUUAACGAUGGAUAUGUACGCCUGGACCCAGGAGCAGGCUGUGCUCUAUAAUGGAAUAAUCCUUGUAGCUUUUGGAGUUGAGGCAGUUCUUGUUUUCAUGGGGGUCAAAUUACUUUCCAAAAAAAUUGGUGAGCGUGCUAUUCUCCUGGGAGGAUUCGUGGUUAUAUGGGUUGGCUUCUUUAUCUUGUUACCCUGGGGAAAUCAGUUUCCCAAAAUACAGUGGGAAGAUUUACACAACAGUUCAACCCCUAAUACUACAUUUGGGGAAGUUAUUAUUGAUCUUUGGAAUUCUCCAAGAGAGGAUCACAGUGAUCAGCCAACUGGCUGCCCAAUUGAACAGGCUUGGUGCCUGUACACUCCAGUGAUUCAUCUAGCCCAGUUCCUGACAGCUGUUUUGCUUGUUGGAAUAGGCUACCCAGCCUGCAGCGUCAUGACCUAUACACUAUACUCAAAAGUUCUAGGGCCCAAACCUCAGGGUACAUACAUGGGCUGGUUAACCACUUCUGGAAGUGCAGCACGGAUUCUUGGGCCUGUGUUCAUCAGCCAUGUGUAUACUUACUUGGGCCCACGAUGGGCAGUGAGCCUUGUGUGUGGAAUAGUAGUGCUCACCAUCUUGCUAAUAGGAGCUGUUUAUAAAAGACUCAUUGCCUUUUCUGUCAGAUAUAUGAGGAUCCAGGAGUAAGUUAAAGUAUGUGCUGGGAACUUGCUGCCUACUGUCUUAAACUCAACAUUGAGUAACUUGACUUUGAAUGGUAGGAUGUGUAAAAACAUUCUGGGUCAUAAUCUCCUUAUCAAAAGUGAACUGCUUUCAUAUCAUACCUUACUGGAGUCCCAUGAACUCAACAGUGAAUGGAUAAUGGUCUGUAGGUAUGAAACUACACUCAAUGUGAACUGUACAGCUCUGUCGAAAGCAAUGGACUAUGCAGUGGAACUGGACAAAGUUCUGUAUUAAUUAACCAGAGCAAAGCAUUUAGUUUAAAAAAUGUUUCAUUUUUUUAAACUAAAUAAAAAUAUUUUUUCAUUAAGUUUUUAAAAAAUGUAUUAUUAUUCAGCUUCCUAAUGAAAUAAAACUGAGCCUUAAAGUGUGAACACCAUUCUCUCCACCUUAUAUUAUACAGUCUUCUGAAGCUAUCAGCACUAAAUGAUGGCAGGCAGCAUUUUGCUUCCGUUAGUUUCUGUUUUGUCCAACCCUGGACAUCCUCUUACCUGCUGUUCUGUAUUUUCGUUCAUCUUUUGGGUCACUGCUGACCUUAAAUUCCACCUUUGUGUGGUAUGGCCAGGGACAAAAUAAUAACCCCUAAGAACGAGAGCACUCCAAGGUUUCUGUGUAAUACAAAGUAGUUUCUCACAGCAAGCUUUGAGCUGAAGAUAAGAUCCUGAUCUGUGAUACAUACAAAUGAAGUAUACAAGUCACUUGUCUUCAGAGGCUACCUUGUAACUGCUGGACUUUUUCAGAACAGGAAAAUUGACUUGAACACUAACAGUUGCUUAACUGUGAGGAACUAUUUCUACUUGUGACUCAGAUUUGCAGAAAUAUUUGGGAAAAAAGUUAAAGUGCUCUGAGUGAGGAAGUCUUUAUCUUAGCGUAUAUGUUCUCAGCAAGAACAUGACAGACAUUUCCCAGCCCUGGAAUUCUAAUACUACAGUUUAGAAAGCUGCAGCCCAGCAAAAUGACUGUACCUUCUUUUUUACUGAGGCGCUCGCUUCCUGGGAAAUUAGACUAACAUCACCUCGUCACCAAAGUGAGGGAAGGAAGAGGGAGGAUAGGAGGAGGAUGAUCAGAGGUAAAAACUGCUAAUAGUGUAUAUUAAAGAAGGAGUGAAAAAAAGAGUAAAGAGGGGAGAUGAUCUUAUUUUUGGAAAUCUAGCAAAAGAUUAUUUUCUUAUUUUGAAUGUACUGUCACUUCAUUAUGCUUCUCUAUUUUAGCAAGCUCUUUUUUUGUAUGAAAAUAAAAUAAACUUGUAAAUUUUAAUUUAAUGAAGAUAAACUACUAUUUGGAUCUGACUACUGUUUACUGUUGAAGACUUAUUUGUGACUUUAUUACAUUGUGAGUAUUCAUUUCAAAUAAAGCAAGACUGUAAGAAG